UCAAAAAGUUUGUGUUUAUUUCACGUUAAUUUGGUAGAGUUGAAAAAUUUGCAAAGCUAUUAAGUGUUAAUUUACUACAAUAAUUGUCCUACAUAGUGUAUACUUUAAAAUUAAAUUCAUUUUAAUUAUGUUAAGCUUAAAGAAGGAGGACCAAAGAGUGACUAGAGAGCAAAAAAAAAGGCUUUUGGAGCUAAUGCGGGAAUCAAGAGGAAUGGAAGAUAGAAAAGAAAAAGAAGAACAUUGGCAAAAAUGUCAAGAUAUAUUGAAUAAGAUGGGUCCAGCUAGAAAGUCAUUGAUACAAUGGAAAAAAAUCUGGAAAGACAUGAGAUGUGCGACAAAAAAGAAACUGUUGGAGAUAAAAAGAACGAGACCUGGUUCCCCUUGCCCUAUUGAACUUAGUAGAGAAGAUCAUGAAAUUAUCGAUAUUGUUGGUGCUGGUUCUGAUUAUUUUGAAGAAGGUGGAGAAGGAAGAGAGCUAAUGUGUUUUGAAUAUGCACAGCCUAAUGAUGAAAAUAUUAGUUUAACAGAAUUAGGUAAUGAAAGUAGCCAAAUCGAAGGGAUAAAAGAGCCAUUAGAAGAACCGACUAUAGAUCCAAAUCAACCGAAAAAAAUUAAGAUCGUUUUGCCUCCACCCCCUCCGCCAGAAGAUGAAACGAGAAAAGUAGUUUAUAGCUCAAGUAGGGCUACCAAUUCUUUUGGAAUGGAUGAUAAAGUCUUAUCAACUUUGUUAGAAUCAAUUGCUUCUGCUAGCAAAUCUCAACGUCAAAAACGAGAUUUACCAGAUCCAGAUAAGCUGUUUUUACUAUCCUUUGUAAGUUCAUUGAAAGCGGUUCCAGAGGAAUACAAAUUUGAUUUAAAAGCCGAUAUAAUAAAUGUAUUCAGAAAGUGGCAUGACAAGUUGGGUUACGAUCAACCUUCAACAAAUGAUCAAGGAACUUCAUCAGAUAAUUUAGAUUCGCUGCAUAAUCUUCAUUCAAGUCAGCAUCAACAUCAACCACACUCUUCUAAUCAUUCCACUUUACAUCAAGAAAACGGAAAUGAUCACCGUGUAACAAGACAACAAAAGCGUAUGAUGCUGCAGCUGAUGCGCGAAGCAAUUGGAUUGGAUGAAAAGAAAGAAAAGGAUGAACAUUGGGAGAAAUGUCAAAAUAUGCUAAAUAAACUUGGGCCUCCGAGGAAAACAUUAAUUCAAUGGAAAAAGAUAUGGAGAGAUAUGCGAUGCACAACUAAAAAGAAAUUGCUAGAAAUUAAAAGAACGCGCCCAGGAUCACCUUGCCCUGUAGUAUUAAAUAGAGAAGACCAUGAAAUAAUUGAAAUAGUUGGAGCAGGAUCUGAUUAUUUUGAUGAAAUUGGAGAACCAAGCGAAUCGAAUAAUUAUGGACUUGAUGUAUCUAAUGAAGAUAAUAUUAGCUUGGCUGAAUUAGCACACAAAUCUGUUAAAACAAAAAGAGAAAUAAAUAUAAAUGAAAUGGAUGCUUUGGAUGAGCCCACGAUAGAACCUGUUCAGCCUAGGAAGAUAAAAUUUAUUCUGCCUCCUCCACCUCCACCAGAAGAUGAAACAACUACUAGAAAAGUAACUUGUAACACAAGUAGAGCUACAAACUCUUUUGGAAUGGAUGACAAAGUUUUAUCAACUUUGUUAGAAUCAAUUUCUGAGGCGAGUAAAGCGCAACGGGAAAGGCGAGAACUCCCAGAUCCUGAUAAAUUAUUUUUGUUAUCGUUUGUCAAUACCUUAAAAUCGUUUCCAGAGGAAUACAAAUUUGACAUAAAAACUGAUAUUUUGAAUGUUUUUCGAAAAUGGCACACAAAAUUGGGCUAUAAACCAAUUGAAAAGUAUGCAAAACCAAGUUCCACUAAUGCUAAUAUAAAUGCAAUAACAGAUAACUUAAGUAAUACGGAUUCCGACCAAAAUUUACAAAAUCAAACUCAUUCCUCUAGUCAUCCAACUAUUAAUCACGAAAACGGAAAUGUUUCCUUUUAGAUGCAUACCUAUUUUUAUAUUUUAUAUUAUGUUAUAAUUUGGCUACUUAUAUGUAUAUUUAAAUUAAUUUGGUUUUGAAAAAUUCGUUACACGAUAAUGAUUAAAUUUUUCUCUUAAUUCUUUUAUUUUAAGAAAUCAAUAAAUUUUUAAC